UGGUCUUUGUUUGGAUCUCAAUAACGGAGGAACCAUGAGUUUUCUCUUGCCAAAACUGAGCACUAAAAAAGAAGUGGAUCAGGCGAUUAAAACCACAGCAGAGUUGGUCUUGGUUCUUCGAUUUGGAAGAGAUGAUGAUUUUGUUUGCUUACAGCUUGAUGACAUACUUUCAAAGACAUCACACGACCUGAGUAAAAUGGCAACCAUUUACCUUGUUGAUGUGGAUAAAGUGCCUGUCUACCGCCAGUACUUUGAUGUCAGUUAUAUACCAUCUACGGUCUUUUUCUUUAAUGGACAACACAUGAAAGUGGAUUAUGGAUCUCCAGACCAUACAAAGUUUGUGGGAAGUUUCAAGACAAAGCAAGACUUUAUCGACCUUGUUGAAGUGAUCUACAGGGGAGCAAUGCGUGGAAAGCUGAUUGUGCGGAGUCCUAUUGACCCCAAGAACAUUCCAAAAUAUGAUCUUCUGUAUCAAGAAGUUUAAAGUGGUUUCCAUGUUCAGAAAACUAUUGUUUUCCUAUGACUCUAGUUAAUUACAAAUGCAUCCUGUGGCUGCUAUUGUACAGAAUGAUUCAUGCUCAAAAGAGGGGAUCCCUGCAACAAACAUCUACUAAUGGAAUGUAGUUUCCAGUGUUCUAACACAUAGCAAGGGCUUUACCAUGUU